CUUUCACCACCGCCAACAUGUCGCUACCCGUGCACUCAGUGUCAAUCGACUACAACGAAGAGAAAACACUGAUCAAAUCUUUUCUGAGUACCUUCAAAUGUCAGGACAAGGACAUUACGAGCGGAGUUGCCGACAUCGACAUUGACGACCAGGAUGCUUCGACGUCAGAGACAAGGGAUAUCAAGUAUAUCAAUCAACUGCAACGAAUCGCGAACCGCGACCAACAAAUGCUAGUCAUUGACCUGGAAGACCUUCAUACACAAGAUCCAGAACUGGUUCAGCGCAUUCGGGGCAAUACGCGACGAUACGUCAGCCUGUUCAGCGAGGUCGUCGACCAAAUCAUGCCUCUCCCCACAAAGGAUAUCAGCGACUACGAUGAAGUUAUUGACGUCAUCUUACACCAGAGGAGAGAGAGAAAUGCCCAGAUGGAAGGAGGGCAGGACGGUUUUCCCGAACACUUGUUGCGACGAUAUAACCUAUACUUCCAACCCCUCCGGAGUGACGUUGCAAUCGCUGUUCGCGAAGUACGUGGCUCCCAGCUAGGUCGACUCAUCACUGUUCGGGGAAUAGUCACCCGCGUGUCCGAAGUCAAGCCCCUCCUUCAAGUGAACGCGUAUACCUGUGACGUCUGCGGGUCUGAAACGUUCCAAGACAUCUCCAACAAGACAUUCCAGCCUAUUGCAGAUUGUGAGAAUGUCAAUGAGUGCAAGAAAAACGGCAUCAAAGGCUCGCUUCACAUGCAGACGCGUGCAUGCCGCUUCAGCCCCUUCCAAGAGGUCAAAAUACAGGAAAUGGCCGAUCAAGUUCCCGUCGGACACAUACCUAGGUCUAUGACGGUCCAUGUUCACGGUAAUUUGACACGGAUGAUGAAUCCUGGCGAUGUUGUUCACCUGGGCGGAAUUUUCCUCCCCAUUCCUUACACCGGCUUUCAGGCCAUCCGCGCGGGCCUCCUCACCGAUACUUACCUCGAGGUACACCAUAUUUACCAACUCAAGAAACAGUAUCACGAUAUGGAAACCACCCCCGAAAUCCAAGCCGAGAUUCACGAGCUGACUAGGGACCCAGCGCUGUACAGUCGACUAGCAAUGAGCAUUGCACCGGAAAUAUAUGGCCACGAGGAUGUGAAGAAGGCUCUCCUACUUCUUCUGGUGGGAGGCAGCACAAAGGAGACCCAGGACGGCAUGAAGAUCAGAGGAGACCUCAACAUUUGUUUGAUGGGAGAUCCCGGUGUUGCUAAAUCACAGCUACUGAAGUUCAUUUCCAAAAUUGCUCCUAGAGGUGUUUAUACUACUGGUAAAGGUUCUUCGGGCGUCGGCUUGACCGCAGCCGUAAUGCGAGAUCCCGUCACCGAUGAGAUGGUUUUGGAGGGCGGUGCAUUGGUUCUUGCUGACAACGGAAUAUGUUGCAUCGAUGAAUUCGAUAAAAUGGAGGAAGCUGACCGGACAGCCAUCCACGAAGUCAUGGAACAACAAACGAUCUCGAUCUCAAAAGCCGGUAUAUCGACGACUCUAAAUGCGCGGACAUCAAUAUUAGCCGCUGCCAAUCCUCUAUAUGGGCGGUACAAUCCCAAAGUAUCCCCAGUGGAAAACAUCAACCUUCCCGCCGCGCUUUUGUCUCGUUUCGACCUUCUUUUCCUCAUUCUUGACAAGCCAUCCCGAGAUGAAGAUGAACGACUAGCUCAGCACGUCACGUACGUGCAUAUGUAUAACAAACAUCCCGAAUUAGAUCAUGAACCAGUGGACCCCAAUAUUAUGAGACAUUACAUUGCCCAAGCCCGGACCAUCCGUCCCACCGUUUCAGCGCAGGUGUCCAAACAUGUCGUGGAUUCAUACGUCCGCCUGCGUAAAAUGUCCAAAGAUGACGAAGCACAAAACAAAUCGCACACCUACACGUCGGCACGAACUCUCCUCGGUAUCUUGCGUCUCUCACAGGCUCUCGCUCGUUUGAGGACAUCAUCUGUCGUUGACUACUCUGACGUCGACGAGGCGCUGCGGUUGAUGGAGUGCAGUAAGGAGAGUCUGUACGAAGAUGACGAGCAAGAGCGGGAGCCAGACAAGUCGGCUGUCAGUCAGAUAUACCGACUCAUCAAGAGUAUGAAGGACAAUAUCGAUGAUGACGAGCACUCGCCGGUCAAGAAGCGGAGGACAGCGAAGAGGAUAGGGAGAGGCCCUGGCGGUGAGCGGGACAUGGAUGUUGAUGAACCCGAGUCUGGUCCGGUAUUGUCAAUGGUAGAUGUCCGUGCACGAGUAACGACUGCCGGAUACACGGAAGCGCAACUGGUGGAAACGAUAGAUAAGUACGAAGAGCUUGGCGUGUUGGCAAGGGUAUCGAAUGGUGCGAAACUCAUGAUCAUGGCAUGAUUCAUUGUACUUUUCUGGUUCUCAGUCUGUUCCUUAUCCUCUUGUUUGCGCCGUAGUUUCUGUAGUAUAUAUCUAUAUAUUGAUGUUGUAUUUCAGUUUCGUAUCGUCUCCUGGGGAACUACCUUGGCGGCAGCCAACAUUUUCAAGUCAGUGUUAUUGAGAAUGGCUGCAUGCUCGACCCCCCCUUUUUUAAGACUGAGAUAACAUGUCAAGUUAACGCU